AUGAAAAUGCAGGUGAGCUGCUGGGAGAAAGUGAAUCGGAGAAGAGGAUUAUUGACUAUUACACAAAUUCAGCGAGAUGAAGCAAUUCAGGUCUUAGUGAAAACAGAGCAAGAUCUCAAUCAGGUGGAAAGCUAUUGGACAGAAUUUUGGCGAGAUGCGAAUUUGGGAGCAGAUCGAUUCAAGGAUUUGAAGAGAACUUCCCAGGAUCGCUUCUGGUUGGGUACGUUUCUCAUUGCUGCCCAAAAAGCAUUGCGACCUGUUCAGUGGUACGCAAGACAAAUAAAACCAGAAAAGGAACUUAGAGAGCAGCUUAAGCUUAUGGAUGUUGUGACUGUACUCCAAGAUGGUAGGAUCCCUUUAUCUACGAUCCAUCCAAAGGGAGGAGAGAAUAGGAUAAACCCAAGAGGUGAGGAAACCAAAACCAGGAGACCUCCAAGAGGAGUACACUUACUGGACGGAGAUGGACCACUGCCCUCUUUGCCAUUAACGUAUGCUCAAACCAUGAGUGAAUUGGAGGAUGUGAAGCAAGAACUGAAUAAGUUUAAGCUUGAUUUAGCAUAUGUUUUGAGAGAGAAGGUUGUAGCGGAGAAAGAAGUAAUGGAGUUAGGAGUUAAAAUGGAAAUCUACUUAUAUUGGUUUGGUUGGCAAUAA